UAAUCAUCAAUUUGCUGAACCAAGUAGGACGUAUGUUCCCCCAGGCUGUGUAUUUUCCCAUUAGAACACUGUACCUGACUCUCAAGAUUGAACAGCGGGGCAGGAUAAAGAGUGUAGAUCCAGCUGCUGUAGCAUCACAAAAAGCUCAACAGCAGAGUCAACAGCAGUCACAAACACAACAGACAUCACAGCAGCAGCAGUCACAGCAGAGCGGCCAGCAGCAGGGAACUGAAACUGCUGGUUCGAUCAAGGCUACAGAGCCUAUGUGGCGGUGCUCACGCAUCAUGCACAUGCAGAAGGAACUGCACCCUACUGUGUUGGCAUCUCUGGAGGGUAUUGUUGACCAGAUGGUGUGCUUCAGGGAGUACUGGGAUGAGGUAGUGCUGCGGCAGCUCCGACAAGCUCUGGCCAAGUGUUAUGCUGUUGCCUUUGAGAACUCUGGAGCAGUGUCAGAAGCGAACAUAACACCUCACACCCUCUCCUUUGUUAAGAAACUUGUCUCAACCUUUGGUAUUGGCAUUGAAAACAUCAGCAGUUCGGUGAGUGGCGGAGGACAGUAUGCGAGUGCUGCCUCCGAAUCCCUGGCCCGCCGUGCCCAGGCCACCGUCCAGGAUCCAGUGUUCCACAAGAUGAAGGGACAGUUCACCACAGACUUUGACUUCUCCCAGCUGGGAGCCAUGAAACUCCAUAACCUUAUACACAAACUCAAGAAAUGGAUCAAGAUUUUGGAAGCAAGAGUAAAGCUGUUGCCCAAGUGGUUCCUGAUAGAAGAGAAGUGUCGCUACCUCAGCAACUUUAGUCUUCAAACUGCGGAGGUUGAGCUGCCUGGAGAGUUCCUGUUACCAAAGCAUUCCCACUAUUACAUCCGAAUUGCACGCUUCAUGCCGCGUGUCGACAUCGUCCAAAAACACGGAACCGCCGCCAGACGUCUCCAUAUACGGGGUCACAACGGCCGAGUGUAUCCCUACCUGGUGGUGAACGACUACUCCCUGAGUGACGCUCGGCGGGAAGAACGAGUCCUGCAGCUACUGAGGAUGUUGAACCACUUCUUCGCCAAACAAAAGGAAACAAGUCGUCGGCUGGUGAACUUGAGUGUGAGCAGAGUAGUGGCUGUGUCCCCUCAGAUGAGACUGGUGGAGGAUAAUGUGUCUUCCCUGUUGGAUAUAUACAAGUUGAGGUGUGCCAAGAGACAGCCUGAGCCUGACACUCCAGUUACCAGAUAUUAUGAGAGGCUGGCAGCUGUGCAGGCACGUGGCUCCCAGGCGUCUCACCAAGUGCUGCGGGACAUAGUGAAGGAGGUGCAGACGGCGAUGGUGCCCAGGACCAUGCUGCGAGACUGGGCUUUGACCACCUACCCUAACCCUACCCAUUAUUGGACCUUCAGAAAGAUACUGACUGUACAACUUGCCCUCAUUGGUUUGAUGGAGUACCUGUUGCACCUGACCAAACUCUAUCCAGACAUGAUGUAUGUUCAUCAGGACUCAGGACUCAUCAAUGUUGCAUAUUUUAAGUUCAACAUUGAUGAUGCUAAAGGUGAGCUGGAUGGUAACCGUCCAGUACCAUUCAGACUGACACCAAACCUGGCUGAGCUUGUAACAACUAUAGGAGUAUCUGGGCCCUUCAUCAUGGUCCAUGGUGGCCACUGCUCGCCUGGCCACGCUGCCUUCAAGGUUAACGCCCUCCUUCGAGCCAUAAUGAGAGAUGAAAUAAUAUCUUGGCACAAGUUCUCCUCCAUAUUCCGGCAGCAGCGCCACGAAGGGAACACCCAGGAGGGCACACAAGGGUCAGGAACCAUGGAGGGGGAGGCUCUCAUCACCAGGGUUAACAAGGCUGUGGCGGCCAUCACCACUCAGAUACAGUCUCUUGCCUCCAGUGAUGCAGACAGUAAG